GAGUUAGUUUUGGUUUUUCCAAAGCGUGACAGAGAUCCACGUAGUUCGUCAGGAGCCAUGGAAAUCCCCUGUUCUCCUGUCCAGUGAUUCCCCGCUCGAACUUGAAACAACACACACACGAACUCAUGGCGAGCAACAUAUAAAAGACCGGAGCAGAGAAAUGUGGAGAGAGAGGCGUGUAGCUAUUCAGGGUAGCCAGAGAAAAAAAGGGGGAAAAAAAGCAUGGGACUGAGAGCUCUUCCGUUGCCAUCUUCGCACAACACCGUGAGCUAUCUUCCGCAUGUCGCAGGAGGUGUGAGGGUUAGUAAGUUUGUUAAGUAUAAGUUUAGGGUGUCGGCUCAAUCGGAGAAGGGAAAGAAGGAAGAGGGCAAGGAGAAGAAGCAGAGCAAGCAGUCUCUGUUCGGGAGCGUGACCGAUGCUCUCGACUUCUCCCAAGUGAGGUCACCGGAAGAUGCCGACCUCCUUGAAGACGCCAGAGAGGCCACUCGGUCCGGUGAGAGGAUGUCCAGAGAGCAGUAUGGGGCUCUCAGAAGGAAGAUCGGAGGGACAUACAAGGACUUCUUCAAAUCGUACAUCGAAGUGGACGGGCAAUAUGUGGAGGAGGGAUGGGUGGACAAGACCUGCAAGAUAUGCAAGAAGGACACCAAGGGGGAGCCAAGGCAGGUGGACAAGCUUGGGAGAUACGUGCAUGUCGCUUGCGUGGAGAACUCCAAGUCGUCAGGCAACUUCUUCACCAGGCUCUUCUCCAGAUGACAGAACAGAAUUUAGGAGCUGCUUCUUAUCUCCUUCUCUCUAGUCAUAUGUCAUACAUAGCUUGGUAGACCAAUUGGUGCACAAGUCUAUAUAAAUGUUAUGUUCUGUUCUGGUGUUUUACCCACAACGUUGCUCCUAUCAAGUCAUGCAGUUGCUGUUAGAGAUGGGCUAUCCCUUUUGAGUGGAUACAGGUUGUUUUACUCUUCCAACUCUGGAUGAAAUGUCACUUCCUUUAGUA